AUGUCGACAACCCGGUAUACUGUACCAGUCCCCGAAUUUAUGCCAAUUUUGGAGACUCGUCAAGAACUCAAUGAUAUGGCCAUGCAAUUCCCACUCGGAACUGUGGACGACAGGAAUGGGGGCUAUUAUCUCCUCGACCACGAUGCUACCGUUUUAGCUGUCGCGUCCGAUUCCCUCUGCGAAGAACUGGAUGCUUCAAUGGAGGCAGCAAAACGGUACCACAGCACCCAUCCAGAAAUUGAUAAAGAGAGCGAAUCCGUUGCACCUCAAAGUGUCGAGGCAGACCCCGCGAUUGCCACGUGUGCUCAAGUAGCUACCAUUGGUGUUUUUGAACACGCCUAA